AUGUUGUUGAGGAGGAUAUCGCGGUUGCGCCCUGCAAGAUCAUCGGGGUCGUUACCUAGAAUAUAUCGCAACGGCCUCUCAUUGACGCAGAGAUCAUGUUCGUCAUGCGCGACCGCAGGGACACCUCCCAAACCUGCAGCAGACCACCGGCAGCUCGGUUUGCAGCAAGAGCUCUUCACGACCUCGAUAUACAGCCCCGGCUCGCCCAUGUUUCUGCCCAAUGGCGCAAAGAUAUUCAAUCGCCUUGUCGAGUUCUUACGGAAACAGUACAUUCGUUACGGCUUUGACGAAGUAAUUACUCCUACCAUCUACAAGAAGGCUCUUUGGGCCAAGUCAGGCCACUUGGACAACUACGCCGAGGAUAUGUUCACAGUAACUAGCACAUCCCCAUCGCGAGCAGAUGCCACCGAGAAUGGAGAGGAAGACGAGUACGGACUCAAGCCGAUGAACUGCCCAGGCCAUUGCCUGAUCUUUGCCUCUCAGCGCCGAAGCUAUCGAGACCUCCCCAUCCGAUACGCCGACUUCUCUCCACUCCACAGGAACGAGGUUUCUGGAGCACUGAGCGGAUUGACUAGGGUCCGCCGAUUCCACCAAGACGACGGCCAUAUCUUCUGCAGACCGUCACAAAUCGAAGAGGAAAUCAGAAACACCCUCGACUUCGUGCGAGUAACAUACAAAGUCUUCAAGCUAGGGCCUUACCGUCUCGCGCUAUCCACCAGACCAGCCGACCACUUCAUCGGCUCUGCCCAGGAUUGGGAUCGAGCUGAGGGCGCUUUGAAAAGAGCACUUGAUGCCUCGGGAUUAGAAUGGGGUAUUAAUCAAGGCGACGGUGCAUUUUAUGGCCCCAAAAUCGACAUCAUUCUGAGAGACUCUGACGGAAAGGAACAUCAAACCGCUACGAUCCAGCUCGAUUUCCAGUUGCCGAAGCGGUUCGAAUUGGAGUACCAGGCGCCAGCACCGGAGCUGGAACAGAAAGGCGAGGUCACUACCGAUGCCGCCAGGCUGGCCGAGUCGGGCCCGGUCACACCCGUACUUAUCCACAGAGCUGUUCUGGGCUCCGUCGAAAGAUUGAUGGCCUUGCUGAUUGAGCAUUACAAUGGGAAGUGGCCAUUUUGGCUGAAUCCUAGACAGGUCAUGAUACUUGUGGUAAAUGAUAGCGAACCGGUCCUUGAUCUGGCGUAUACAACUCGGAACCUCUUGUUGGGUAUUUCUGGGUCAAAGAGCAGCGAUGAUGGCCCAGUGUCCAAUGCUACUCAGAUAUCCGUCGACAUAGACGACAGAAAGACCAGCAUCGGAGCCAAGGUACGCGAGGCCAAGGCCAAGGGCUACGGGGUCAUCGUCACGGUCGGUUCAAGACAGAUAGAAAAAGGCACAGUCACGGUGGACACGACUACACUUUCUCAAGGUGAUGCCAGCGGUGACAAGUACAAGGAAAUGUCUCCACAGGAAUUACUUGAUAUAUUGAAGGCCAAGAUAGAUGCAUACGACGCCCUUGACCGUCAAGACACCCCCAACUAUCCACCUCCCGACUACAUCACCGCCGCCCGCGAGCAUGGGCUCAAGCUCCGCCAGUCAGCGCCGCCUCGGAAGAGCCCCCAACCCUUCGACAUCCCCAUUCUCAAGUACAUGAAGACGCACAAGGUCAUCCUAGCCUCCGCAUCGCCCAGGCGCAAAGCCCUCCUGGCCCAGGUCGGCCUCACGGACCUCGAGGUUGUCCCAUCGGCCAAGCCCGAGGACCUCUCGAAAGAGGUACUUGGUCCGUACGAGUACGUGGCCUCCACGGCACGCAUGAAGUGUCUGGAUGUCUACACGAGCGCUAUCAAGCAGGGCAAGGAGCCCGACGUCGUCAUCUCGGCCGACACCAUCAUCGUGACACGAGAGGGCAAAAUCCUGGAGAAGCCCUCGAGCGAGCAGGCCCACAUCAGGAUGUUGAAGCACCUCAGAGACACAAGAUUCCACAAGGUCCUCACGGCAGUGUGCUGCAUGGCGCCCAAGGAGGAGCCCACGCACCCGGGCUAUGAGAUCUCGUCGUACACCGAGGAAACGAAGGUGUACUUUGCGAAAGAGACGGAUGGCUUGCCAGAUGAUGUUAUCGAAAGCUAUGUAAAGACGAGAGAGGGCGUAGACAAGGCUGGUGGUUACGCGAUCCAGGGUCUCGCCGGCAUGGUGCUGAUUGAAAAGGUGGACGGCAGCGUGGACAACGUCGUAGGAUUACCCGUCCGGAAAACUCUUCAAUUGUGUGAGAAGGUCGUUUUCAGGCAAGGAGAAGUGGAUUCUGACGACGAGGGUGAGGACGACUAG